CUUUCAUCAUUCUCCAUAUUUUUUAUUUGCUGGAUCUCCCUCUCUCGAAUGUUCCUUCACGCCUUGCUCGCUCGUUAGGCAGUCGUGACCUCUCGGUAUAUCCCGGACGGUGACUAACAAAAACAAUCGAUGAGGGUGUCAUCACCUCUCUUGUUUUUUCUACUCACCCUACACCCACAACGACAAGGACAAGUAUAGAUGGUUUCUUCACCUCAAACCCCUGCAACACUGAAUUUCGACAUUGAGCGGGCCCCCUCCGACAAUACUCUACAAUCGAACGACCCUUAUGCUCUGAGGACGAUGCUCUGGGAUCCCAAUGAUAUCGCAGAGCUGAGGAAGAGGGGGAGUUCGAAAAUGAAGAAUCGAAUAGGAAAAUUUUAUGAGCAGCAGAAUGAGAAGAUUGAGGCGAUGUUGAAGUCUCUUGAAAGCCAUGCCCAAGAAGGAACGGAAGAUGCUCAAGGCAAUGCUUUAAAGGUCAAGAUAGCUGUCAGAGCUUCAUUCAUAGCCAAUUGCGUCCUUUCGGUUCUCCAACUAUACGCUGCUCUCUCAUCGCUGUCGCUUUCUUUCUUUGCCACUGCCGCGGACUCUGUCUUUGAUCCAAUAGCAAAUUUUAUCCUCGGGUGGCUUCAUCGUCGAUCACAACGUGUCGAUAUCCACCGGUAUCCUGGGGGCGGCAACAGGUUGACUGUCAUUGGAAACAUUGUCUAUUCGUUUGCCAUGCUUACCGUUAGCAUCCUUCUCAUUGCUUUCUCUGCUCAAGAUCUUGCUACUACACCGAAGAGUGACACCAACGACUUUCAUAUAGCUUCCGUUGCGGCUGUCGGUUCUGCGUUUGUCGUGAAAUUCGUGCUGUUUUUGUACUGUUAUGGCGUUCGAAAGUCAAGUUCACAAGUACAAGUGCUCUGGGAGGAUCACAGGAACGAUUUAUUGGUCAAUGCUUUCGGUAUCUUCACCAACAGCGCAGGUGCCAAGAUCAAAUGGUGGAUUGAUCCCAUGGGCGCUAUUAUAAUAUCUGCAGUUGUUGUGGUAGCGUGGACAACGACCAGUAUCAAACAAUUCGGCUAUUUGGCUGGAAAAGCCGCACCGCACGAAUUCACUCAGUUGGUGAUAUACAAGGCGUUGACGUUUUGCGACGAGAUCAAGCAGAUUGACAAUUGUAUUGCGUAUCAUAGUGGGGAGAAGUAUAUUGUUGAGGUUGAUAUCGUGAUGGACGCUGAAACGCCGUUGUGGAAGACUCAUGAUGUGAGUCAGGAUCUUCAAGACCAGUUGGAGAAAUUGCCGAUGGUGGAGAGAGCGUUUGUUCACGUUGAUCAUGAAGUUCACCACAAAGCAGAGCAUAGAAAGGAUUUGUAAGAGUCACGAACACG